CGUCAUUUGACGAACACCUAAAAAUAAAAACAGCUGUGAAAUUUAUUGCUUUUGUGCUGAAUGAGUUCUUUAAAAUUUGCAAAAAAAAUAUUAAUCCAGUUAGGAAUAAUUCAAAAACCAAAGUGAAUUAGAUGCAGCAUUAGAAACAUAAAAACGCUAUAGAGUUCGUGUUUUGUUUCCCAAACAAUAUUAAAUCCUAAAUAAUGGGAUCGACAUUCAGACAAGUGGAUACAUCCGCGAGCGAUGAAGAGCACUUCGAGGAUGCAUCCAGCAAGGAAAUUAAUGAAAAAGUCGUGAACGAGGUCAUUGAUCAAGUAAUGGGAGUGUCCAUCGAAAAUUCAACGCACCAUAAUACGUCGUCCUCGUCGGAACAGACGGAUAAAUUCGUAGACUGUCGUAGCGAUUCCGGCAGCGACGAGGACACGUUAGGUAAGGAAGGCAGGAAGACGAAGUGCAAUGAGGACGAAGAUGAUUUCAUCGAUGACGAGUCGCAGAGGGACUGGGAAAAGGGUCUGUCCGAGGAGGAAAAGUUGGCCAACAAGGCGAAAGCGGAUGAGCUCAAAGCACAAGGCAACGAACUAUUCAAGCAGGGCGACUAUGACAAAUCGGCCAACGUGUACACGGAGGCGCUGAAGAUUUGCCCAAUGCAGUAUUCGGCGGAACGAUCCAUUUUGUUUGCCAAUCGAGCGGCGGCGAAAACUAAACUCAACUUCAAACCCUCGGCCAUCGAUGAUUGCACCAAAGCCAUAGAACACAACCCUAAGUACCUGAAGGCUUUGGUGAGCGCUAUUGAAUCCACUUCCAGACGGGCAACGCUAUACGAGGAAGCCGACAAGUUGGACGAAAGUAUGGAAGAUUUCAAAAAGAUUUUGGAACUGGAUCCGUCCAAUGAAGAAGCUAAGGCAGCCCAAGUCAGACUGGCACCAAAGAUUCAGGAGCGCAACGAACGUCUCAAGGAGGAAAUGAUGGAUUGUUGUAAUCUGCCUGUUUACUGCUGUCAUUGCUGCCCCAGCUCCUGCUCCCGGAGUUAUAGUGGCGUCUCCGGUUCACUAUGUUCCUUCACCACACAUCGUACAUGCGCCGAUCGUAAAAACGGUUGUCCACGCCCCGAUCGUGAAAUACAAGACCAUCCCAGUGUACAAGACCGUUCCGGUGAUUCACUCGGUUCCGGUCGUGAAAACAGUCGUUGCCAGCCCAGUUUAUGUGGCCAGCCACGGACACCACCACUACCAUCAUUGAGAUUAAGAUUCAAGUGAUAUGCACUUUCGUUUUGUAAUGUGAUUGAUUUAUUAUUUAUUGAUUUUUAUCGUGUAAUAAACAGAUAAUAAUAUCAUAGUUCGGAUAACAAAAAAAAAAUAAAAAAGAAAAUUUUCACAGAA